CAGCAACCCUUCAUUGAAAAUUCAUUUACGUUAUACGCAGACGAAGGGAGGAAAUUUAUUGAUUUCGUGCAAAAUAUUUUUUGUAAUUUUUCCAAUAAGAAAAAGGAAAUAUUGUGGUUGAUUUUUUUUUUAAAUAUAUAUUUUAAGAAAUUAUUUGUUAAUUUUGUAAAACGUAGCUAAUAUUUGAAGAAAAACGAGAGAUGGCUGAUACGGAAUUUGAAGAAUUCCGAAAAACAUUUGAAAAUAUUUCAUUAAAAAGGAAGAACAGCAUAGCACCUUUUUAUUCACUUAUACCUGGUUUAGAUGAGCUUGAUGAUUCUACAUCACCAAAAAGCGAUUCGGAUCUUGAAGAAAACAAUUGUGGCGGAAAUACUCAAACCCAAAUUAGAAAACAAAGUAUUACUCAUCAUAAUGAACAAUUGGAUAAUAAUUGUGAAGUUGAAGAUGAUGAAAUCGGUGAUGGUCUAAAAACAAUAACAAAAGUAUCACAACAAUUAUCUGGUGAAAGUGAUUCAACAGUUUCAUCAAAUUCAGCACAAUUGGAAAGAACUAAUUCAAUACAAUCUAUAUGUGGCGAACGUCGACGAAGAAAACUUCCUGAAAUACCAAAAAAUAAAAAACCAUCUUUGGUAUUUCUUUGUGGCCAAACUACUUUAGCUGAUGAACUAAGCGGUCGAUCACAAACCAUUAUAUUUACUCAACAUCAGCAUCAUCAACAUAAUCAUCAUCAUAAUCAUAGCAAUAUGAAUCAAACAAAUCUUCAAAAAUCAUUUUUAUCUCACAAAUGUGGUUAUUUGUUAGAUGAGGAUUCUAGUCCUGAUUCAGAGCGAAUGCAAAGUUUCGGUGAUGUCGAUAGUGGUCAUAGCACGACACAUUCUCCAAAUGAUAUGAAGAGUAUGUCACCUCAAUUAUCAUCACCCCAAUCACAUUCACCAUUUCCACAAGGUUUCGGAGGUGUUGCUUUUGGUCAAAUUGGAAUGUUGGAAGCAACACACAGAGGUUUACAUAAAUUUAUUCCGCGUCAUCAUGAUGAAAUUGAAGUUGAAAUCGGUGAUCCAAUUUAUGUACAAAAAGAAGCUGAAGAUUUAUGGUGUGAAGGAGUUAAUUUAAGAACUGGACGUCAAGGAAUUUUUCCUUCAGCAUAUGCAGUUGAUUUGGAUUAUAAUGAUUUUGAUCCAACAGCAAAUCAAGUAAAAAAAGAACGUUAUUUGUUAGGAUAUUUAGGUUCAGUAGAAACAUCAGCUCACAAAGGUACAGGAGUAGUUUGCUCAGCUGUUCGGAAAAUUUUAGGCGAAUAUGGUGAUACACCAUGUGGACAACCAUGCAUAUUAGAAGUAUCUGAUCAAGGUUUAAGAAUGGUUGAUAGAUCAUCCCCUCAAGGCAAAAAAGAAAAGAAACCGUGUAUUGAUUAUUUCUACUCACUAAAAAAUGUUUCAUUUUGUGCAUUUCAUCCACGUGAUCAUAGAUACAUUGGUUUUAUUACAAAACAUCCAACAGUUCAACGUUUUGCUGUUCAUGUUUUCAAAGGGAAUGAUUCAACAAGACCAGUUGCUGAAGCCGUAGGGAGGGCUUUUCAGCGUUUUUAUCAAAAAUUUAUUGAGACAGCAUACCCUAUUGAAGAUAUUUAUAUAGAAUAAAUUACUAAAACAGUAUUUUUAAAUGCAAAGACCAUUACAUAUUAUUGAGAUUAGUAAAAAUGGAAUGGUAUAUUAUGCGGUUAUAGCUUCUAUUUUGAAAAUUAAAAAGUAUUUAUACAAUUACAUAUUAUUUAUUUAUGAACUUUCUACAAGUUUAAAAAAGACUUUUAAAUAUUAAUUUUUUGUAAAUAUUUAUUUUAUUUAAAAUAAAAGAAAAAAAAUGUAUUAGUAAUAUAAUAUAAUAAUUUCCAGUAGCUUUAAUUAUAUAAGAACCUGACAACAUUUAAUUAAUCUUAUAUACAGAAAAAAACAAAAAAAAACUCAAAAUAAUGUUUCCAAAACAUUUUAGUCUCAAAUACGAUAAGUUAUAAUUAAUGAUCAAUUCCAAUAUUUUCUCUUUGGGUUAUUUUUUUAAUUUUAGUAAGUUAUAAUAAUGAUAAUCCCACUUUUAAGACCAGAAUGUUAAUGUAAUCUAACUUUUAAUACUAAAUUUGCAUGAAAAUUCAAAUUCAUAUUAAAUUAUUAAAGAAAUUCGUGUUUUGAUAAGGAAAUUGCCAUUACUAAUUCUAUUAUUUUAAAAAAAUAAUAAUGGCUGGUUCUGAAAAAUGUGUUCUGUUAAAAUUUAUUAAUUAAUUUGAAAUUAGUAACUAAUAGCUUGAAAAGUUUUUAUUAAACAAACACAUAUUCGAGUAUGCAAAAUUAUGCCUUUUGUUUCAAAAUGCAAAGCUAUAUCAAUAUAUAAAAUUAUUUAAUUCCGUUCUUAAUAUUUUUUGAGGUACGUACAUUAUAAAUCAUAUUUCUUUUUCAAAUAAUAUAACUAA